AUUAAUGUUGCCAAUGUGGAUGAGAUAUACAACACUUAGUUAGUCUGAAGUAAACUACUCCAAAGUUUUUAGUUUCAAGUACCGUCGUAAUGGCCUAUUCAUGGGAUAACCGUGUAGACUUCGUUGUCCGGUAUAUGUAUGAUAUUGACAACAAUGGAUUUUUGGACCAAAAUGACUUCCUCUGCAUGGCAGUAAGAGCAUGCGUAGUUGAAGGAAAAGGAGAUUGCAGCACAUCUCGACUAGAUGAAUAUAAAAAACUUAUGAAGAAUUUGUGGGAAGAAAUUUCGGCAAUUGCUGAUGACGAUAAGGAUGGGAAAAUAUCUAAUCAGGAGUUUAAGGAUGCUGUAAAAAAAACAUGUGUCGGCAAAAACUAUGAUGAAUUUCCACAGGCAAUGCGUGCAUUCAUUGAAUCCAACUUUAAGCUGCUCGAUAUAGAUAGUGAUGGUAUUGUUGGCGUAAAGGAAUACCGCUACAACUGUAUAACUAGAGUAGCCAUCGACGAUAUUGCACCUAUUGACAAAGCAUUCGAAACACUGUUAAACGAUGAAGAUCGAAAACGUGGUGGGCUAUCACUAGAUCGUUAUAAAGAACUUUAUGGUCAAUUUUUGGGCAAUACAGCCGAUAAUCAUCCAGCGGUGAAUCUGUUUGGACCAUUAUAAAUAUUUUCUUACAUUUAAUUGUCUUCGCUGUUGUUCAACUACUAUUUUAUUUAGACUUAUUUGUAAUUACUAUGACUUUAAAUUUAUUACCAUAUAGAUAUAAAACAUUCAAAUCAUUUUGUGUAGAAUCGUCAGAUGAACAGUUCGUUAAUUUUAAAGUUUUAUAAUUAGUAAGUUAUAUUUGCUCUCAGAAGUGUAAAAUAAGUUAAGAUGUUGAUUCGCUCUCCUGAAAUGGCUCUUAAGUAAUGCACCUCUCUCAAUUCCUGCAAGAUUUCGAUUACUUGUUAUGUUAUAUAAAAGUUGCAAUAAACAUAAUAUACAAAAUAAA